AUGGCCAAAGAUAUGGCCAUGGAAGGAAAGUUUAAAGUUUCAGUUUCACCUGUCGAGAUGCUGUCUCGGAAGGAAAAGGAUGGUGCAUGUGGAAAUGAGCCAAGUGAAGAGGCCAAAGAAGACGAAUGUGAUCUGAAAAUGGAUUGCAUUUAUGAUGAUGGCUCGUUGGGGUUCGAAAAACCUUUAGUGGACGCCACGAAAAUGGAGGCUCAGGACCCUUUGGAAGAAAUUGAUUUGGGGGAUGGCUCGAAGAAAAGACCAACCUAUAUAAGUUCCUUGAUCGACCCAGAACUUAGAAGCAGAAUGAUAGAGUUGCUGAAAGAGUUCAAAGAUUGUUUCGCUUGGGAUUACGACGAGAUGCCUGGUUUGAGUCGAGAUUUGGUGGAAUUACAACUACCAAUCAAAGAAGACAGAAAGCCAGUAAAACAACUGCCUAGGAGGUUCCAUCCAGACGUUCUAGUAAAAAUCAAGGAAGAAAUCGAAAGAUUGCUGCGGUGCAAGUUCAUCAGAGCGGCCAGAUAUGUUGAGUGGUUGGCUAAUGUAGUCCCGGUAAUCAAGAAAAAUGGUAAGAUGAGGGUCUGCAUAGAUUUCCGAGAUCUGAAUGCUGCCACACCCAAGGAUGAAUAUCACAUGCCCAUAGCCGAAAUGAUGGUAGAUUCAGCAGCAGGCCAUGAAUACUUAAGUCUUUUAGAUGGAUAUUCUGGCUACAACCAGAUUUUCAUUGCCAAAGAGGAUGUGUCGAAGACAGCAUUUCGAUGUUCUGGUGCCUUAGGGACAUAUGAGUGGGUGGUCUACAUUGAUGACAUAGUGGUCAAGUCCCCCUCCAGGGAUGAACACUUGUCACACUUAAGGAAGUCAUUCGAAAGAAUGAGGGUACAUGGCCUAAAAAUGAACCCUCUUAAAUGUGCAUUUGGUGUGAUUGCAGGUGACUUUUUGGGUUUUGUGGUGUACAAGAAAGGCAUUGAAAUCAACAAGAACAAGGCCAAAGCUAUUCUCGACACAAGUCCACCAACUAGCAAGAAGCAGCUGCAGUCGCUUUUAGGCAAAGUCAAUUUCCUCAUAAGGUUUAUUGCUAACCUUAGUGAUAAAACUAAGCCGUUCUCAUCCCUUCUUCGACUAAAGAGGGAGGACAUUUUUCGCUGGGAAGCAGAGCACCAAAAAGCAUUCGAUGAGUUAAAAGCUUAUUUGGCAAACCCUCCGGUGAUGAUACUUCCUAUAAAAGGGAAGCCAAUGAGGUUAUAUAUUUCAGCUACGAAUGAAACCAUUGGUAGCAUGUUGGCACAAGAAGACGAAGAUGACAUUGAAAGAGCCAUAUUUUAUUUAAGUCGUGUGUUAAACGAUGCUGAAACUCGAUACACUAUGAUCGAGAAAUUGUCAUUAACUGAAUAUUCACUCACUUAUGCCCCUUUAAAGGCAAUUAAGGGGAAAGCAGUAGCCGAUUUCCUGGCAGACCACACUUUGCCUGAAGAGAUAGCUUAUGUAGGAUUACAACCAUGGAAGUUGUUUUUCGACGGCUCAAGUCAUAAGGAAGGAUCAGGAAUUGGUAUGUUUAUAGUGUCCCCGCAAGGCAUCCCAACUAAAUUCAUGUUUCAGAUUCGAGAAAGUUGUUCUAAUAACGAAGCUGAAUACGAGGCUUUAGUCUCAGGCCUCGAAAUACUUCUGGCCUUGGGGGCAAAGAACAUCGAAGUUAAAGGCGACUCGGAAUUGGUUGUAAAGCAACUUACUAAGGAAUAUAAGUGCGUAAGUGAAAAUUUGGCGAAAUAUUACGUAAAGGCCAUGAGUUUACUGGCCAAUUUCGACCAAGCAGGAAUUAGCUACAUACCUAGGGUAAGCAAUCAAGAAGCUAAUGAGUUAGCACAAAUUGCUUCUGGGUACGUGAUAGAUAAACUAAAAUUGAAAGAGUUAAUUAGGAUCAAAGAAAAAUUGAGCCCUUUAGAUCUCAACGUUAUGGCUAUCGAUAACCUUACCCCCGAUGAUUGGAGAAAGCCAAUAGUCGAAUACUUGCAGAAACCGGUGGGGUCGACUGACAGAAAAGUCAAGUAUAGGGCUCUAAGUUAUACCAUCAUAGGUAAUGAGUUGUUCAAAAAGAAUGUCGACGGCACGUUGUUGAAAUGUUUAAGCGAGGACGACGCUUUCAUAGCUGUAUCAGCUGCUCACGACGGCCUGUGCGGCGCUCACCAAGCAGGGGCAAAGAUGAAAUGGAUUCUGUUUAGGCAAGGGAUGUAUUGGCCAACUAUCAUGAAAGAUUGCAUCGAAUAUGCAAAAGGCUGUCAAGAUUGUCAGAAACAUUCAGGAAUCCAACAUGUGCCAGCUAGUGAAUUAGAUUCUAUUAUCAAGCCAUGGCCUUUUAGGGGAUGGGCGAUAGAUUUAAUUGGCGAGAUUCACCAGCCUCAUCAAGGCAGCACAGAGUCAAUCACGACGGACCAAGGCACAGUGUUUGUAGGACGCAAAGUGGCAGCCUUUGCAGAAUCCUGGGGCAUCAAGUUUCUAACCUCGACCCCCUACUAUGCUCAGGCGAACGGCCAAGUAGAGGCUGCCAAUAAAACUCUAAUAAGCUUAAUCAAAAAGCAAGUGGGUCGAAAGCAAAAAGCUGGCAUGAGUCUUUAA